CACACACUCAGCCACACACCACACUGAGAAGAUGCACUCAACUAUCUGUAUAUGCCUGAUGGUCUUCCUGAGUCCCGUCACUGCUAUGAGUAUCGAAGUCCCUGGGGGUGCGGCCUAUGACAGUUUACCCUCCCCCGGAGUUCCCCAACACUCCAGACACAGACGCCAGACUUUCAUCUACUCCUCCUCGACAACGACGUCAACCCCUCCGACAAAUGACGGCAGCUCUGCGGUACAAGAGGUCACAAUGACCCUGCAAGAUUUUGACUCAGACACAGCAGCUGGAUUCCUGCAAUGUCUUCAGCAUGGAAGAGAUACCUGCGAGCUGGACAUCGAUGACAUCCCACUGAAGGACGUUUUACAAGGGUGUGGAAACAGUUUUAGGGUUGGCUACUACAACGCAGAGUACAAGUGUGUGUGUAAUGAAGACUCAGUAUCAUGUGACAAGUCACAUAAGAAGCAGCAACACCGAAAACCCGAUGUCAAAGUUUUAUCAUCGGGAUAUGUCGGCACCUGAGGCUCAACGUAUGUGGCAGUGUUACGACGACGACGACCACGACGACGACCACGACCACGCAUACAACCUCUCCAUCAUCAACCGUACAACCUACCAGCAUAACAUCACACGUCUCCACUCCCGGAAUUGACACACGCGCCAUUGAAAUGACCACACCCUCUGAUGGAUCUACGGUUAGUGCGAACUCUACCGUUGGUGCAUUCGAGGACGGGAAUGGUCACCUGUUGGGUGGCAUAAUUGGGGGCGUGGCAGGGGGCGUGGUCCUUACCAUUUCCUUCAUUCUCCUCUGGAGUUUCUGCAGGCGUCGAAUGACAGCGUCCUCUAGUGGAAAUGUGACGUCUUCAGAUGUGAAGGUUAAAGAAGAUGACCGACGUGCCCUCUGUGACAAACACAGUGACGCAGCUAGUUCAGAAUAUCACACCUACGAGCUUCCGGAUGUCAUAGGAACACUUCCACCAUACGCAACUUCCGCUGAUUUGACUGGACCGGAAGUGAGGUCAGGUGAUGUCGAUGACUAUAACCGGCUGGGCGACCACGUGAAGACCCAUACCGGACCGACGCAUAUGUAUGACCACCUUGACAAAACAAAGCUGAAAUUGAAACAGCAAGUGAUAAACAAUGAUUAUAAUCACGCAGUUGUGGAAGGGGAGGUAACUGUGGAUGAUGUUUCGCAUCAGGACAACAGGCAUGAAACGUCUGGCACAAUAGGUGCUGAAGAGCCACCGUAUUACACGAUUGACCAAGAGGACUCAGGGAAGGGACUUAAUCAUAAAUAUUUUGUUUUAGAGAAAACACAAGAAACGCCGGACACACCGCCUUACUCAAAGCUUUCCUUUGACUAACACUAAAGUUUAUUCCAUUUCAAAUGCAAUAGGCUAUUAUGUGUGGCGUUUUGGGAUGAAUAUAACCCUCCGAAGAAACUGUGCUCUAUGAAUCAUAGUAUUUGCACUGUUUUGCUGGCGCAACUGUCAAGAAAAUAUUCAUUACCGACAUAAUCUUUCCACUGAAUCUGUCCUUGGCAUAAUAUACCAGGAGAGACGUGCAUUCACUGCUAUUAUAGAUGGAUUGCUUUAUUUACAUAGUUGUGACGCUAAAACAUAAAAAGAGUAACAUAUAUACACGUGUUUAUGUGUGUUAUAAUAGAUAGAUAGACAGAUAGAUAGGUAGAUAGAUAGAUAGAUUGAUUGAUUGAUUGACUGAUUCACUGUGUGAGACUAUAAUUAUCGUCAACACAUCAGGAGUAAAACUGUUGUGAAAUUGUACAAUAUAAAAAAAACAUUGUGGUAAAGAGUAAAAUCGUUAAUGUUC